AUGAACAAUAACUUUUUCAAUCUCAUCAGUAACAAAUUUGUAUUCAAUGAAGAAUUACUAAAUAACUCAACAUAUAAAAUCAGACUAUACUACCCAAAUACAGCAGAAUUAAAUAGUAAUACUCUCAAAUUCAUUGACAAUACACUCCUCAAAGAUAAAACAAUAAUUAGAAAAUCAAAAGGUAUAACAGUGUUGGGUAGAAUUCUAAAAGAAAAUUUGAAACAUCUACACGAUUCAUUUUGCACAUUUCAAAUAAAGGAUGAGGAUGGAAUAUAUAGAAUUCAAAGAUUCAUCCCAUACUUUCCUAAUCACCACUACCUCCACUUCUAUACCUUCACAAAAAAUAUAACAAAAGCAAUAACAAAAGAAGAUGUACAAACAAACAUGGGAGUAGAAGCAGUGGAAGUUGAUGAAUGCAACGUUAAAAUUAUGAAUGAUGUGCACAGAUAUUCAGCAAUAAUACUAUUCAACAAAUCAACAAAUACAAAUAUAAUCAAUAAUCAAAUUCAGUCAUAUAAAAACAACAACAAUCAAAUUAAAGUAUACUUCUGUGAAUCUAUUAGUAGAGAAGAUAGGGAGGAAGCUAAAAAGAAAAACAAAAAACAAACAACAACCAAUCAAGCUAUCAAUAAUACAAAUAUAAUACAAGCAAUAAUAACAACGACAAAAAUCUCAACAACAACAACAAAACAAUCAUCACAAAUAAAUUAA